AUGAAAACGGCAGAGUUGCAAGUCACGGCGCGGCCAACAUUCCGUCAUCGCUUUGUUGUGCCACACUCGAGCCGAGCUUUUUCAAUACCGCUGCGGACAUCGCCGUGGCCUAUUCUCACGCACCUGUCCUCUAAUAGUUUACGUUUGACACAUGUGUUAAAGGAUAAAACACAAUCUCCCAUCGAACCGGCACCGCGGCUACGACUGCAUGACCAGAUGCAGGAACUGGUUUAUUUCGAGCUAGGAUCGCGGACCACCCCUCGCAGCCUGAAUAGUGAAUGGAGGCAUUUAUCGUUGCGGGGCCAGCGGACGUUUGCAAGCCCCGUUGCUGAAGGGGAUAUUACAACAUUAAAUUGUUAUUUGAAAUUUCUAAUGAGCUUCGGUGCAAAGUGCUCGAAGUGCUGCCGGGGCAUUUCGUCAUCGGACUGGGUGAGGAAGGCCCGAGAGCAGGUGUACCAUCUCGCCUGCUUCGCCUGCGACGCUUGCGGCCGCCAGCUCUCCACCGGUGAACAGUUCGCGCUUCACGAGGAUCGGGUACUUUGCAAGCCUCACUACCUCGAGACGCUGGACGGGGGAUCUAUAUCUUCCGAUGACGGUUGCGAUUCAGAGGGCUACCACAAAAGCAAAGCGAAGCGGGUGCGCACAACUUUUACGGAGGAGCAACUUCAGGUACUACAAGCCAACUUCCAGUUGGACUCCAAUCCCGACGGGCAGGACCUCGAGAGGAUAGCCCAGGUCACAGGCUUGAGCAAGAGAGUUACGCAAGUCUGGUUCCAGAACAGCCGCGCUCGCCAAAAGAAGCACCAGCACACAGGGAAAGGCAAGCAGGGCCAAGUGAUGUCGAGAGAAUCUGAGCCAGUGGGGUUUGGGCGACCCAUCAACCUCCACCUCACGUAUUCGUUUCAGAACAAGCCGCCGUUCGUGCCAAUAGAUGGGACUUCUUUCACGGAUUCCUCAAUGGAUGAGCUCUCUGAAGACUCCUCUAUCCACUGCAUGCAGAGUGAGGCAUAG